AUGGCAGAGGUAGACUGGCGGAGAGUCAACAUUGACCAAUUCGACGAGGACAGACUCGAUGCCGAGCAGCUCUUUGAUAUCAUUGCAACAGAAGACUCUACCAAAGUCGCGCAGGACGUCCGGCAGCUCAUCUCUCGCGGCGAUGCAACAGGCGCGCUGGCUGCGUCCCUCUUGACAAGCGAUCCAGCACCGUGUCUUUCUGUUCUUGGCACAGUCAAGUCAAGCGACAUUGCCGUGACACUCAAGUCACUCUCCUCAGAUGAUCUGGAUGCACUGAUGCGAGCCAUCUACAAAGGACUCGCCAGUCCUGCUACGAACAACUGUGCGGUGCUCCUCUCCUGGCAUGAAAAGGUCGUGGAGCUUGGCGGCGAGGGUGUCAUUGUCAGCUCAGAAGGGCUCAUGUUUGGUCGUCUUGAGGACGCGCGCAUCUUCACAAAUGGGCAAAACACGCUUAUCCCCAUCCUGCUGCGCGAAUCUGUGCUAGAUAGUGUCUCUUUCCGUGCAGCUACAAAACACUUCGAAGACCAGGUCGAGAAUGUCGAUAUCUGGCUCAGUCACUUUGUCCGUCAUUGCCACGACUUUUGCGCGCAGUUCACAAGGCUGGAAGAUCAAGCAUGUAACUUCCACGGCAAGAGUGUGCCAGUCUUUGUGGAAUCGGGUAUCGUCGAUACAGACUAUACUGUCACGGCGCUGUCAAAAUUCAGCGAAGCAAAUCGCGCUUACUGGUCAGCCAUCUUUGGUCAUGCGAGAAGUAUGGAGGCCAUGAUGACAGAGCCACUUGUCAAGCUGCAGAAUAAUGAGCUACGAGAGAUUCGCCACUUGAAGAGCGAGUUUCACGCUAGCCAAAAGGCUUUCGAUGAGGCAUUUCGCUACUAUGCUCAGCAGAGCAAGAGCAAAGAGGCGAGUUCGUUGCGAGAAGAUGCAUUCCAGCUUUGGGAAAAACGCAAGGCAUAUAUCAAAGCAUCCUUCGACUAUACCAUCAAAAUGUCGACUUUUCGUGCAGCUCUCGACGCAGCAUUGAUUGCCGCUUUUGCGAGGUCAUACGAGACAACUUCUUCGCACACCUCUGCCCUUGCUUCUGACUUUGUAUCGAGACCCUCCAUGGGUCGUGUUCUGUCUUGGUCUGAAGAGAUGGCGAAAUCCUCGCGCGAUGCAGAAGAAUUGCUCUACAGCAUGCGGAUCGAGAUGGAAGACAACAUCGUCAACCUCACGAGCCCUGGGCGUGAUCUGGCAGAAUAUGCUCCAGAUCGCAAGUCUCAAGGACGUGGUGGAAUUAGCCAGGCUCGUGGAAGGCCUGCAAAACAAGGAUGGCUCAUGAUGCGUGCGGUGAGCGGCAAGCCGGCACGCUAUUCAUGGAACAGGCGAUGGUGCUAUGUUAAGGAUGGCAGCUUUGGAUGGCUACUCAACAACCCAAAGCAUGGUGGAGUGGAGGAGAGCGACCGCUAUGGAGUCUUGCUCUGCAAUAUCAAAGUUGCUGUGCAGGAGGAUCGACGUUUCUGCUUUGAGGUCAUUACCAAGGAUCAAACAUUCUUGCUGCAGGCUGAAAAUGAGCACGAUUUGGCAGAUUGGAUGAAUGUGUUCAACCUUGCAAAAGAAGCAAUUCUAGCAACCCAAAAGAACAACGAGCAAGCAUUCGCAGUGUCAAGAGCUCAAGGUGCUUUUGCUGUUGCAGCAGAUGGAACGAUGGACGACACAACGCAGACACCCAAACGUGGUCAUGCCAAGCAAGAUUCAGGAAACCACGGACUGUCUGCUGCUCUGGCCACUGCCUCCAAUGUUGCAUCGACUCUUGCACAGCCGACCAAACUCUUUGGAAAGUCUGAAGAACUCAAAGUCCUCAAUCCAUUCGAAGCCCAGGUGGAGACGACCCAAUUGGCGCCUUCCACUCUUGCUCCUGCUCCUUUGAAUACAGCGCUCACUGCACAUUGCAUCGCAGACCCUAUGACAAGUCUGGCACAUAAUCCUUCAGGGCUCCAAGCCAAUCAUUGGGGCUCCAUCAACUAUGGAUUGACGCGCUUGAUGAGCCCCGAUGAUCUCAAGGUGAAAGGCUUUGCUAGUCUCUUGGCAGGUCCAGAGGCUGCCAUUGACACACUGUACGCCCAACGUGAUAAGGAGCAAGGCGAACGAGUGAUGUCAGAUCCAGGCAGCGAGCCGGUAGAUUAUACACCUUGGCUUCGUCGACAAGACGCACAAUUUUCGAGUUUGUUCCCACAUGCCAAAAAUGAACAUGUCAUGAUGGUCUUUCGAGGCACUCGCAAAAUGUCCAUGUACAAGCCGCUUUUCUCUGGUCGUAUGUACAUGACGAUGCGUGGAUUUUACUUUUAUGCUCAGUCUGCUGGAUUGACGAUGCUACAAACCUGUUUGUUUUCCGAGGUCUUGAGUGUCAGAGUUGUCAGGCAAGUAGACCAUGACGAGCUCUUGGUCGAUAUUCAUGACAUUGGCACAACGACCUUGCUCAUUUACCUGGACGAUGCAGAGCUGGUGAAGAAGCGUAUUGAGUUGUUACUUGGCAACUACAUUGCAGACGAGCCCAAUCCGGCAACCCAAGUGUUGAAGGCUCUGAGAGACAUGCUGCCAGACGACACGGGUGUCUCCGCUAAGCAGGGCUUGUCGUCAUACGCCAACGGGUCAGACGCUGAAGCUGAAGUUCAGAAACAUCACGACGCUGGUCAUUCGCCACAUCGACUCAAGUUGCCAAAGGAACCUGUUCUCACCGAGCCGGACGAGCAGAUGCUUGCCAAGACGAAUGAUCUAGAGGUCAUGUUGACUGCUAAGAGUACCUUCCACAUGUUGUUUGGCAAUCGUUCUCCUCUAUGGAGCCAAGCUUACCAGCUGUGGGGCGUUGAGAAUGGCGAGCAGGGUAUGUGGCAGCCAGGGUCGGAUGGUACCAUGGUACGUUCUUUCCGUUACGCAACAUUGCAGACGGAUUCACGAACGGGGGUACAGCGCAAGAUUGAUCGUGUUGACUGGCAAACGAUUUUGAAACGGACAGAGCACCUCGAUUAUACCGUCCUCUGGUAUCGCCGUGGUCUGGAGUACCCCUCAGGCGACAGCCUUUUCGUGCAAAUGAAAAUCAACGUCUCUUUCGUGUCCAAGAUGCGCACAAGAAUCCGUACAUGGGCUGGCAUUCAUUGGCUCAAGCCUAACUAUCUCUCUCGUGGCAUCAUCACGAGUGCCGUCAUGAAAAAUCUAGAUAUGCUCUCGAGGCAUCUGCGACAUUUCGUCGAGCGAGAAACCCUUGACCGACUAGGCAGCAACAGCAAGACCUCUAAGGCAGUGCGCAUUUAUGGUCGAGUCGGUGGACCUGGCCAAGUACCUAUGGCGAUAGGCAAAGAUGGCGCUGUGACCAUGCCGGUAUUCGAAAAGAUGACGCUCUGGGGUCUGACCAAGAAGAAUCCUUCCACCUUUGUCAAGAGUCUUGCGGCCGAAGCCGUCUUGCUAAUCUACACCAUUGCGCGCGUCUUGACAUCGACCGUGUCGGCACACUCGGUUCUUGCUACCGUCAUGGUAUUGUCCUUGCUAUUCAAUUUCUACUUGAGCGGUAUGAGCACAGUCGCGUACUGGAAUACUCGCUCAGCAACUCGCCUGCUGCGCAAUAUCGACGAAGCACCGUUCGGCCUCAUGUCGCGUGGUAUCACACUCAACGAUAUUCAAGAAAUCGCCAUGAACAAGACAAUCUGGACACCACGAGAUGGACAAUGCUACGGCGUUUUUGAGCAGUUGUCAAGCUUGCCUGCUGCAAGCAGCCGCUAUCACGAAGCUUUUAGAACAACACGCAACGGUUUGUCGCGUACGCGACAUGAUUUGCUGGUAGCGAUGCGUAUGGUCAAUGGCCUUGAAGCCGAGAUUGUCAAGGGUGAGUGGGAGGCGUUCUUGGUGGAAGAACAGAGCCAGUGUCGUGCCGCAAAGCAGCUUGCACUGUCUGACGAUGAGCAGCGCAAAAUUAAUGACCACUGCGAUGACUGCCUAGCUUACAGCUUUUAA